GGCGCUGCUGCCGCUGCCGAGGAGGAGGAGGUCCCUGGCGGUCAAGAUGCCCAUUCUGAAGAGUCUAGGGGUGACAGACUCUAAGGUGUCCCGGGCAGGGACGCUGCCCCUGAGGUCCUCCCGGAACCCCUUUGAGGAAGUUCCAGGACUGGAAGAAGAGGAGGUUGGGGAGCUGGGGUCCCUGCCCAAUGGAACAUCUUGUCGCCGCCGGGCCACCCUGGAGAAGCUGGCCGGCCUGGCUCCCUUCCGGCUGGGCUGGAGCCCUGGGCGGCGGGCGGGCAGCCCCGGAGAUGGGCAGCCGCGCUCUUUCCUGGGCCGAGUGCUGACGCCGGGGACACGCAGGAGCUCGGCGGACUUUGGCCUCCUGGCCAGGCUUCAGGGGACCCGAGCCCAGGGCGACGAGGAGGUGGCCGGAGAGGCCGCCCGGAGACUGGCCUUCCUGAGGCUGGGACGUGGGCCCAAGCCCCGCCGGGCGUCACUGGCUGAGAGGGUGGUGCCCGCAGGCGAGGCAGCUCCCGAGCCCCCGCCCAAGGUCCCUGAGCCCCCGAAGAUGAAAGAGCCUCUGUCAGUGCUGGAGAUCCUGAGCCUGAUCCAGCAGCGCGAGCUCGCGCGAGCCGACGAGCACAUCUUGGAGCUGGAGGCCGAGGAGCUGGCGACGUCGGGGGGCGGCGCGCCGGGACCGCCCAGGGCCGAGGGCGCGGGCGCGGGCCGCCGGGCGCGGGACGUGGCGCUGCUGUACGAGGCCCUGCAGCGCGAGCUGUGGGCGCUGGUGCGCGAGACGCUGGCGGGCCCCGGGCCGGGCGCGGGCGCCGGGCCGGGCGCCGUGGCGCAGCUGGGCCAGGUGCUGCUGCAGGAGGAGGCCGCCGACGGGCGCCGGGGGCCCGGGGCCGCGCGCAAGCUGCGCGCCCGCUGGGCCGAGGCGGUGGCGCGCGCGGCGCGGGAGCGCCUGGAGGCGGCGGCGCCCGGGGGCCCCGGGGGCCUGGCGGGGCAGCUGGAGGCGCUGCGGGCGCGGCUGCUGGAGGACAUGGGCACGGUGCGGGGCCGCCUGGCGCCCGCCUACCCCGCCGGCCUGGGCGCCUUCGGCGUCUACCUGCGCGCCUACCACGGCGCGCUGGCCGACUGGCUGGGGGCCGCCGCCCGCCGGAGGCUGCCGCUGGCCGACCGCUACGCGCUGCUUCACUGGCACAACCAGGUGUACCCCAGAGAGGUCCUAGGGCUGGUGGACCUGGUGGCCCUGGAGAACGGAGAGCUGGGGCCCCUUCUGUCCCCUGGCACCCUGCGGGGCUUGGAGGAUGAGUGUGUCACCGACGUUAAGGCUCAGACCCGGGCAGCGCUGCUUCGCGUCCUGCAGGAGAAUGAGGAGCACUGGGGGAGCACGGAGGAUCGGCCCAGCAGCCUGGCGCAGGACGUGUGUGAGCUGCUGGAGGAGCACACGGAACGAGCACCCCGCAUCAGCCAGGAGUUUGGGGAGCGGAUGGCCCACUGCUGCCUGGGGGGGCUGGCAGAAUUCCUGCAGAGCUUCCAGCAGCGGGUGGAGCGAUUCCACGAGAAUCCAGCGGUUCGGGAGCUGCUCCCAGAGACCUACGUCAGCAGGACCAUCUCCCUGGUCAACUGCGGGCCCCCCCUGAGGGCUCUGGCAGAGCGCCUGGCCCGGGUGGGGCCCCCCGAAAGCGAGCCAGCCCGGGAAGCAGCAGCCAGCGCUCUGGACCGCGUGACCCGGCUCUGCCACCGUGUCCUGGCUGACCUGCUUUUCCAAGAGCUGCAGCCCCACUUCAACAAGCUGAUGCGCAGGAAGUGGCUGAACAGCCCGGAGGCCCUGGAUGGCAUCGUGGGCACGCUGGGCGCUCAGGCCCUGGCACUGCGGAGGAUGCAGGAUGAGCCUUACCAGGCGCUGGUGGCCGAGCUGCACCGGCGGGCGCUGGUGGAGUACGUGCGGCCCCUGCUCCGCGGACGCCUGCGCUGUCGCUCCGCGCGGACCCGCAGCCGCGUGGCCGGGAGGCUCCGGGAGGACGCGGCUCAGCUGCAGAGGCUCUUCAGGCGGCUGGAGUCCCAGGCCUCGUGGCUGGACGCCGUGGUCCCCCAUUUGGCCGAAGUCCUGCAGCUGGAAGACACGCCCAGCAUCCAGGUGGAGGUGGGGGUGCUGGUGCGGGACUACCCGGACAUCAGGCGGAAGCACGUGGCGGCCCUCCUCGACAUCCGCGGCCUGCACAACGCCGCCGCCCGCCAGGAGAUCCUGGACGUGGCCCGGGACCUGGAACUGUCUGAGGGGGGAGCCCUGGCCCCCCCUCGGGACCGCGCCUUCUUCUCAGACAUCUCCGUGCCCCGCCCACCCUUCUGCCUCAGCCUCCCUCUCUUCGUGGGCCGCCUUCCCCUCUCCCGGCUGGCGCGGCCCGGCCUGGCCUGUCUGCCCCGGCUGCGGCCUCCGUCUCUCUCACGGCCCCCCUCCCAACGCUGAGACUCUUCCAGCCCCCCCCCCACCUCGGUGCCCCCCCAUCUUUGCUGCUGACAAACCAUUCUCCUGUACGGCCCCCUCUUGACUCCCUGCCUGAGAACACAGACCACCUAGGAUGGAAAGAUCUUCCGGAACCUUCUGGCUUCCCCCCCCACCCCCGCCACGCUCCCUGUAUGGAAGAGAAAGGGCCGGAAGGAUCAAGGACUCUGCCAAGGCCACCAAGCUCAUGCUCAACACCAGCGCCCAGCCCAGCGGGCGGGGGUGGCGUUUUGGAAGGCUCUAGAGAAGUAUCCCAGCCCCACCCCCCCCUUUUCCCCCUCACCUCAAGGUCUGGCCCCUGUCCAACGUAUUAAGGAAUGUACGAUACUUAGAAUAAAGAGGUUUCUAUUUAACACAA